AUGGCCGAAGUAGUUGUGUUUGAUGCCGCCUGGAAGCUCUUGGACAUGUUGGGAUCCCGAGUUUUUCAAGAAAUCGAACUCGCCAGUGGAGUCGGUAACGAGAUCAGAAAGCUCAAAGACACUGUCGAAACAAUGAAGGCGGUUCUUCUCGAUGCCGAAGAGCAGCACAUCAGAAAGAAUCAUCGAGUGACGCUUUGGCUUCGACGGCUGAAGGAUGCUUUUUAUGAUGCUGAUGAUUUGUUGGACGAUUUUGCCCUUGAACUCAAGCAACGAGAGGCGACAAACGAGGUGCGUUUAUUCUUCUCUAAAUCUAACCAGAUCGCAUAUAGUCUUAAAAUGGCGUAUAAAAUUAAGACUAUUAGGGAGAGAUUGGGUGAGAUUGCGAAGGAUAUGAGCCAAUUCCAGUUUGUUAAGAAUUAUGAUGAGAAACCGGUUUUGAACAUUGGGAGAGAGCAGACGUACUCUUUUGUGCGUCAAGAAAAGGUUAUUGGGAGGGAUGAUGAUAAAAUUAGAAUUAUAGAGCUUUUAUUGGAGUCAAAUUAUGUUGAGAAUGUUUCCGUUAUUCCUAUAGUUGGAAUUGGAGGAAUAGGAAAGACUACACUUGCUCAAUUUGCAUAUAAUGAUGAGAAGAUUAUUAGUCAUUUUGAUUUGAGGAUGUGGGUGUGCAUAUCUGAUGACUUUGAUGUGGGAUUAAUUGUAAGGAAGAUCAUUAAAUCAGCGAAUUCUAGGGAUGUGGAAAAACUUGAUAAACUUGAAAUGGAUCAACUGCAGAAACGCCUUCCAGAAGAGAUUGAUGGAAAAAAAUACUUGCUGGUCUUGGAUGACUUAUGGGAUGACCAGAAUCCUCAUAAAUGGAGUGAAUUGAAAGAUUUAUUAAUGGGUGGUGGACGAGACAGUAAAAUAGUUGUAACUACUCGUAAUGAAAACGUUGCUAGGAUUACUAGUAAGUUUCCAUCUCAAGGCCUGAGAAGACUCGAUGAAGAUGAGUCUUGGUCUUUAUUUAUGCAAAUUGCAUCUGAGUAUGGGACAGAUCUAAAAUGUAGGGAAUUGGUAGCUCUUGGAAAGGACAUUUUAGCCAAGUGUGCUGGAGUUCCCCUUGCCAUAAGGACAAUAGGACACUUACUCUGCAAUCGACCCACAAAAAGUGAUUGGUUGCAGUUUAGAGACAGUGAGCUAUCAAAAAUAGCUCCAGACAGAAGUGGUAUUUUACCUGUUCUUAAACUUAGUUAUGAUCAUCUCCCCUCAUAUUUAAAACAAUGCUUUGCCUAUUGUGCCUUGUUUCCUAAGGACUAUGAUAUCCAGAAGCAGCAAUUAAUAUUCCUCUGGAUGGCACAGGGGUUUCUUCAUUCAACAAAUAAGAAUAAGUGUCAAGAAGAUGUCCGCAACGAGUAUUUUAUGGAUUUACUUUCAAGGUCAUUUUUUCAAGAGCCAGUAUAUGACGCGUUGGGUAAUAUAACCACAUGCAAGAUGCAUGAUCUUUUUCAUGAUCUUGCACAAGCAGUUGUAGGAAGUGAAUGCGCUAUAGCAACUUUGGAUGGGGAAAAUUUUAAUGAAAUGGCACGCUAUGUCUCAUUUAAAUAUCCUGACACAGGGGUUCGAAAGCUACCGAGUUCAGUUGGUAAGUUGAAACAUCUACGAUAUCUUGAUCUUUCUUAUAAUGUGAAUAUUAAGAAGCUUCCUAGUUCAGUGUUGAGGCUAAGGAAUUUGCAAACACUUGAUCUCUCUGGUUGUGGGAUUAAUGAAUUGCCAAGAGAUAUUAAAAAAAUGGCGAGUCUUAGGCAUCUUAUUGAUAAAUGUAAUUAUAUGACUAGUAUGCCAUGCGGUUUGGGAUUAUUGACCGAACUUCAAACUUUACCAUUGUUUAAAGUAGGGAGGAGCAAUGGAUCAACCUCCCAGAAAAAUUGUGAGUUAAGCGAAUUGAAUGGGCUGAAUAAUUUGAGAGGAAAGCUAACAAUCAAAAGGUUGGAACACAUGGAAAAUGCCACGACACCUACAUUGGCCAUCUUAGAAGCAAAGCAGUAUCUUCAGUCCCUUAAAUUAGAGUGGGAGCCAAUUGAUGAUAAUGCUGCUAUUGAUGAUAGUGGAGAGGUUAGGAUCGAUGAAAAACUGUUAGAAGGCUUAAAACCACACCCAAAUCUCAAAAGAUUGACUAUAUUGUGGUUUGGGGGUGUGAAACUUUCUAGUUGGCUUUCCUUCAUCACAAACCUAACUUUAAUUAGCUUAGGUAAUUGUAAGAGGUGUCAACAUAUCCCAGCAUUGAAUCAAUUACCGUGUCUUGAAAUAUUGUCUCUUUGGGGCUUACAUGAUUUGGAGUACAUUUCAGAACAAGGCAUAGAUAGUUUUUAUUCCACACGAUCAACAACAUUCUUCCAAUCUCUUAAGGAGCUCAAACUCAUGGAUUGUUCUAAAUUACUGGGAUGGUGGAGAGAUAUAGAUGCUGAUAAUGACGAAGAAAGAGCGUGGUCGAUUGAGCUACCUUAUUUUCCUUGUCUUUCCAAAUUAAUUAUCAAGGAUUGCCCCAAGUUGACUUCCAUGCCUCUAUAUCCAUCUUUGGAAGAAUUGUAUUUAGAGGAUGCCAGCUCAAAGCCAUUGCAACAGACAAUGAAGUUGAUGACUAGUGUAGGAGUAGCACCAUCAACCUCCUCUUGCUUUUUUGCCCCUCUCUCCAAAUUAAAGUCUAUGUCUAUCGAAUAUGUUUGGGAUUUAGAACUUCUACCAGAGGAAGGAGUGCACAACCUCACUGCUCUCACGGAUUUGAAAAUUGUAUCAUGCCCUCCACUUUUUCAGCUGUUUCAAAGCAUAGGACACCUCACCUCUCUCCAGAGUAUGAUUAUUGAAGAUUGUCACUACUUCUUUGAUGAGGACAGUUAUGACAUGCAAUGGAAGGGCCUUAGGAGCCUCUGUUUUUUACGAUUUGCUAGGCUUCCAGCAUUGGAGUCUCUCCCAAAGGGGCUUCAGUAUGUUUCCACUCUGCAACAUCUCGAGAUCUGGGACUGUCCUAAUUUGCCUGUUCUACCGGAGUGGAUGUGCACUUUAACAUCUCUUGCACGUCUUGAAAUCUUCAAGUGCCCCAAUCUGAUAUUUCUAGCAGAAGGAAUGCUAUUACAAAGUUUGUGUAUUUACAGCUGUCCCCAAUUGUUGGAAAGAUAUGGAAACUGGAUGGGUGAUGGCUGGUUUGAGAUUGCUCAUAUCCCAAACAUAAAAAUCAAUUCAAAGUCGAUUCAGAAAGAAGGCUGCUAUCUAUUGAAUGAAGAAGGAUGCUCUUCUCCUUAA